AUGGGCGCAUGCGUCAAAUGCCGAAAUGCACUUCAUUGUGCCAAACAUGGCACCUACAAGCUUGUCCAUAAGGACCGGCUUACCAGAUAUUUAUGGUUAAAUGAACAUGUCCACACUCAUUAUCGUCCUCCCAAGUUGCCGGCAACUCUUUGUAUGAAAAGUGCACUCCAUAUCACGAAUGAAACAAUCAACAUUUGGUCUCAUUUGGCAGGCUUCCUCUACUUCUCCUACUGUCAGUUUGACGCGAAUUUCCGAAGGUUGCCUUUGAUGGGGGCUUCCGGCACUGAUCACUUCGUAUUCACUAUGUCACUAUUGGCAUCACAAGUAUGUAUGCUGUUUUCUGCGCUUUUCCACACGUUUGGUUGCUCGUCGACUAAGAAACGCAGGAAGUUCUUGAACCUGGACGUCUUCGGAAUCUCGGCAGGCCUUUUGGGGAUGUACCUGUCGGGUCUCUACACGGCUUUUUUCUGUUUCCGGGAAGCCCUGCAAUCGUAUUUAUAUUUCUUAGCUGUUCUACUGUGCAUCGCCGGCUAUCUUCCAUCUAAACGCGAAAAAUUGGUUAAGGAGGGGACGCGUGUAGGGCCUCUGCAUCUAUUCUACACGGCGCUUGUUUUGGCCGGUUUCCUGCCAACCAUGCAUUGGAUCUCAAUGCACGGCGGAUUGUCGAGCGCCUAUGUACACCAAUGGUUGCCAAAUAUGGCCAUCGUCUAUGCACUGACCGGGGGUGCGUUUUUCUUCUACGCGACACUGAUCCCAGAAAGAUUGGCACCAGGAAAAUUUGACGUUUGGGGAAGCUCGCACCAAUGGUGGCAUCUGCUCAUAUUGGCUGCGAUGAUAAUCUGGCAUGGCGCUGGGAUGGCACAUCUCGAGGAUCAUUACAGAAAUCCCUCACAGUGCCCUUCACUGACCGAAAUCGCUGCGAAACCAUUCAAUCGCUCACAACCAAUCUAC